CGCGGCGGAAGAGGAAGAUCGGCUCUCCCCAAGAUGGCGGCGCCCAGGCGCGGCGUGGCUGAGGGGAAGAUGAAGAGGGCAGCGGCCGCCCGCGCUCGCCGCGGCAGCAAGUUAGACAGGCUGCGGCAGGCGGUGCAAGAGUUCGUGCACGCAGCCGGAGACCAGCCGCCGCUGGUCUUACUGAAAGACUCGGAGAGGCAGAACCGCAGGAGUCGCCGGGACGCCAGGAAGGAGAAGCGCAGGCUGAAGCGGAGCCGCCGCCGCCGCCUCCAGCGCGGGGAGCCCGUGGCGCCCGUGGCCAAGCCGGCCCCGGCCAAGCCGGCCCCGGCCAAGCCGGCCCCGGCCAAGCCGGCCCCGGCCAAGCCGGCCCCGGCCGCACGCUCCAGAGCCCCGGCCUCGCCCGCCGCCGCCGUCGGAAAGCAGCGGUCGGUGCCGGCACCGGCACCCCGCGCGGCCGCCGCCGCCUGUGCGCGGAAGCGGGCCCUGCUGCAGGCCAACGAGGAGGAGGAGAAGGAGAUUCGGCGCCUGGAGCGGCGGCUGGGGCUCCGCAAGCGCCGCAAGAAGCAGGAGGCGGCCGCGGCGGAGGAGGUGCCUCAGAGCUUCCUGCGGGACGGGCUGGGCUACGUGCUGGGCGCCCUGGGCACCCGGGCCGGCCUCAGCGGGCUGUGCGAGAGCAGCGACGAGGAGGAGGCCCCGCGGCCCCAGGAGCGCCGGCCGGGGCCCGGAGAGCGGGACGAGGAGGAGGCGGAGGACGCCUCAGACCCUUCCGAGGGGGAUGGUGGGGAAGGACAGUGGGAGAGCGAGAGCUCGUCCUCUUCCCCCGAGGUGCCAGAGGCCAGCGAGCCCCCGGGCGAGGAGGAGGAGGAGAUGGAGAAGGAAGAAGAGGAGGUAGGUCAUAAUCACAGUGCUACAAAGUAUGUUCCCCCUCAAGUAAGGAAAGCUCAGGAGACACUAGAUGACAAGAAGAGAGAAGAAUUGGGGAGACUGAAGAAAAUGGUGAAUGGCCUUAUUAAUAGGUUGAGUGAACCGAAUUUGUCCUCCAUUAGUGGACAGCUGGAAGAGCUCUACAUGGCCAGCAGCAGAAAGGACAUGAAUGAAACUCUGACAGAUAUUCUCAUGAAUGCUUGUGUUACUGCAGUAGCCAUGCCUGCAAGAUUGAUGAUGGAGCAUGUCCUUUUAGUCAGCAUUCUUCAUCAUAAUGUAGGAAUUGAGGUCGGUGCUCAUUUUUUGGAAGCUGUGGUGAAGAAAUUUGAUGAACUCUGUAAAAGUGAUGCUGAAGGGAAAGAAUGUGAAAAUCUGCUUGCCUUGAUUGCUCAUCUGUAUAACUUCCAUGUGGUUCAUUCCCUGCUGAUCUUUGAUAUUCUGAAAAAGCUUAUUGGCACUUUCACUGAAAAAGAGAUUGAGUUGAUUUUGUUUCUUCUGAAAAAUGUGGGCUUUUCCUUAAGAAAAGAUGAUGCGUUGGCUCUGAAGGAACUGAUCACUGAAGCCCAGAAGAAAGCAAACACAGCAGACAAGAAACUACAUGAUCAGACUAGGGUUCGGUUUAUGCUAGAGACUAUGUUGGCAUUAAGGAAUAAUGACAUGCGUAAGAUUCCUGGUUAUGAUCCUGAACCAGUUGAAAAACUCCGCAAAUUGCAAAGAACACUGGUUCACAGUGGUGGUUCUGGAAAAGAAACUCAGCUCCGCGUCUCCCUGGAAUCUCUCCUCAGCGCUGAUCGGGUUGGUCGCUGGUGGAUCGUAGGGUCAUCCUGGAGCGGAGCACCAAUGAUCAAUGAUACAAACAGCAAAACUCAGCAAAAACUGCAUAUAGGAAAGGUGAGUUCAAAGAUAAUGGAGCUUGCUCGUAAGCAGAGAAUGAAUACUGAUAUCAGAAGAAGUAUAUUUUGUGUCUUGAUGACAAGUGAAGACUUCCUGGAUGCCUUUGAAAAACUUCUCAGGCUUGGACUGAAGGAUCAGCAGGAGAGAGAAAUCGUUCAUGUUAUCAUUUACUGCUGCUUACAGGAGAAGACAUAUAACCCCUUCUACGCAUUUUUAGCUAAUAAGUUUUGUGAAUAUGAAAGACGAUUUCAGGUCACAUUUCAGUUUAGUAUUUGGGACAAAAUCAAAGACUUAGAAAACCUCUCAGCUGCUGCCAUCUCCAACUUGGUUUCACUCUUGGCUCACUUACUAAAGACAAAAUCGUUGCCACUUUCAGUUCUCAAGGUAAUUGAAUUCAGCGAACUAGAUAAACCCAAAGUCCGUUUCUUGCGACAAGUAUUAAGCAUGCUGUUAACCAAAACAGAUCCUGAAGAACUCAGCGACAUUUUUGUGAGGAUAUCUGACAACCCCAAACUGGGAUUGCUGCGGGAGGGCUUGAAACUCUUCCUUGCCCACUUCAUACUAAAGAAUGCACAAGCUCAAAGGAGCGCUGAAGAAGCUAGCUUAUUAAAAGAGAGAGUUGAACUAGCAACCAAGGCUUUGCAAGCAAAAGAAUCCAAAUUGAAACUAUAGUUCUGGUUUUCUAAUAAAACAUACAGAAAAACAAAGUCUGCAUGAAGAUGCAGAGCUUUGUUAGUCUUUCAGACCCAAAUAAUUGAGAAUGAGGAGAGCCAUCAAGGAUCCAUCUUUGGUCUACACACUGGUUACAGGUUUAAUCAAAGGUGAUAUAAGGCCUUUUUGAAUAAAGGGGAAAUGUAUUUUUUGUCAUAACCCUUUUUAGUAUGAGUGCUUCAUGUUGAUGGUUAGUGUCUGGAGAAAAGAGUAAAUUUCUGUGAUACUCCCAGUCAGCAUUCCGCGUUUCAUAUUCUAACCUUUCAUUUAAAAUGAUAGCAUAAUACUGAUCACCGUAUGUUAAAGAAGCAGCCUUAACCAAAGGCUUUUAGUAACUAAUCAUUGUACGUGCCUGAAGAAACAGGCCACUAGAUGGCACGAGGACUGGUGAGUCAGUUUUGGAAGAAACAGACUUUAUUUCUUAAAAGUGUUGAAGUUGUAUGCUAAUUCUGUGAAUUGCUUACCUGACACUGUGUCAGGAAAAGAUCUUCAGUCGGAUUCUAAGCCGUAGUAAAAUGACUCGAAGAUCUGACUUUGCCCAAUUAUAUUGGGUUUAGUGAUCACAGCACAUUUUUAUUGCUCUUUCAGCCUGUUUUUCACAGCUUUAAAACUGGAGUUGGCUAAUCACUUGUGUUGAUCAGAUUUUUCUAGGCAUAAAGAAUAAUAUCAGCAUGAGUCUUUUAAUAACAUAAUACCUUCCUUCAGAAUUUGCUUGCAUUUUCCGUUCAGAUGUUUAAAAAAAAAAAAAAUGUACACUUCUUUUUGUAACACUCGGUGUUAAUGCUUUGUUUCUUUUCUCACCUUAGCACUACACAUUAAACGGUAGUUUUUCUAAA